AUGCGUGUUGACGCCCUCCUCACAGCAAGCACGUUGGUCCUCCGCGUCGCAUCCCACGUCCUCCCUACAUUCGCUCUCUCCGCCUCCGCAACCCAGGCCUCACUAUCCGCUAUUCCCCCGCGCCUCAACGCGCCAGCGUUUUUCCUCGCCACCAACAUUGUUAUUGACACCGGCGGCACUGUCACCCCCGACCUCGCGCUCGCCGCCAGCACCCAAACCCCGGACUUCAUCGUUGUCGGCAACACAAUCACCGCUCUCUCGUUCAGCUUCCCUUCCUGGCCCCCGGCUAGCACUAUCUCCUCCACCGCCACCACCACCACCACCGACACAUCCGUGCUCACUGAUUCUCUGCACUACCAGCCAACCCAAACACGCCGCGUGCCCUCGUUCACGGUCCCUGUCUGGCCGCCCACUGGGGCCCCUAAUACUACCUCCCCUACCUCUUCUUCUUCUUCUUCUUCUUCUUCUUCUUCUUCUUCUUCUUCUUCUUCUUCUUCUUCGCUGCCAACGCAGACCCCGACCCCCCCUCUGCGAACACAACCCCCUAUCCCAACGCCCACGCCAACAACAACUCCUACUCCUUCCCCACCAACUCCUACACCGCUGUCUCCAACUCCUACACCGUCAACCCCAUCAACUGUAGGCCCAACACCAUCGCCAACGACAACCUACGCCAUCCCCCCCUCUCUCCUGUCCCAGCUACCCCCAACAUGGCCGUACACCGCGCACGGCGUGGGGCGCCGCAAAGAAAUGCAGACAUGGGCGGUUACGGAUACUGGGGGUGCAACGGUGGCGGUUGUUAGUUGUGGGGUUGAGUGGUGGGGGAGGGCGGUUUGGAGGGGAGGUAGGGGGAGGGAUGGAGAGGAGUGGAGGAGGGUUUUUGUUGUGCCUGUUGUUACUGCGACGGGGGGUGGUGGAGGAGAGGGAGGAUGA